AUGGCAGGAUACAACGGGCGUCGAGCGCCCAAUGUCGCUCAAUACCUGCGAGAACUGAACACAAUCCAACCGGCAACCCCGGCUGCGUCGGCCGACAGCUUUGGAGGAAGCCUAGAUGAAGAUCUCAUGAUGUUCACAAACACACAAUUCUUCGAUUUCGAGACGGGAGAGAACACCGACUACCAGUCGCAACCGCACAAAGAUACACCGCCGAGCACAGUCAGCCCGAGCGAGACACAACAGCCCAUGUCGGCGGCCGCAUCAACAACGACGAUGGACGACUUUAGCAGCAUGGACUUUAUGUCAGGCGACCUUAACUUUUCCGACUUUGGCGGCCCAUAUGCAUCAUCAACAAUGCACAGCUAUCCGGAGCCCCUGAGCAGCCUGCAGUCCAUCCAACAAAACCCACAACAGACUUAUGCCAUGGCCCCACCUGCACAAAGGCCGCUGCCGCCGCAACCAAAUGCGUAUGCUGCCCAACAGCAACAGCCUAGGUUAGCAGCCUCGUCCACCAAGGCCCGGCCGCCAACAGAGCAGACUAGGCCGACGAGCCAGGAUGAGGCAUCGCGCCUCGCUGCCGAAGAGGACAAGCGUCGUCGCAACACGGCCGCCUCUGCGCGCUUCCGCGUCAAGAAGAAGCAGCGUGAGCAGGCGCUUGAGAAGAGCGCCAAAGAGAUGAACGACAAGGUCAACGCUCUCGAAGGGCGUAUCAACCAGCUCGAAACAGAAAACAAGUGGCUGAAGAACCUCAUAAUGGAGAAGAACGACGGCAAUGAGGAUAUCGCCAAACUCUGGAAGGAGUUCAGCGCAAAGCAGCAGGCUGGUGAUGGUGACAAAAGCCCCAAGGCUGAAAAGAAGAAGCUCGUAGCAUCGCCAGAGGAACACGAGGCAGAUGACUUUACGGGAUGA